GGGCGCAAAAUCCAGUGUUUGUUGUGUUCCUUGUCCCACAGAUUGAUAUUGCCGUUAUACCAGCUCAAACGUCUGCGUCAGUUUAAUGACCUUCAUCGUCUACGAACCACCUGCAGGAAAAAAAAACUGAAGGCACGUGCUCCUGUCCGGUGUCGCGAGCAAUGUUUAGAAAACUCCGCGCGGUUUCACGAACAGAACGCCUGUAGCCUCUCAGCUAACACAAGCUAGCUCAGCUUCCCACCAAUAAUGUCAAGUCUGCCACAAAAUAACCUGCAAGAACAGUUGGCGAGACACAGCAACGCUGCUCAAAGCAAGCUGUCUCUGGCUAAACCUAAAACGGGGGCUUUCUCAUUCAAAAAGAAAUCUUCAUCAGGUACAACUAAAGUGGAAUACCAGACCAAGGUAAACAGUCCAAAUGUUUUGGCAAACAGGAACGUGAAUGUCCCUACGAGCAGUUUGGUGACUAAAUCUUCUUUAACGUUUUCAAACAAGCUUGAAAGAACUCAAAAAUCCAAAAUCAACAGCCUCUUCCCUCCAAGUUCAAAAUGCAAGUCAGAUUUCAUCAGCCCCACAGGUAACCCCACCUCACCAUGUGAGACACCCCCGGCAGAUACUGGCAUUAAGGUGAUUGCCGCUCCUUCUAAAACUAACAACCAGACCUCCUGUGGUGGGAAAGGAAUCAGCUCCAUAAGACUGGAUGUAUCUGAUUUACCGAUGGAUGACUGGGAUGAUUUUGAAGACUUUGAAACACCUGUUAAAGCAAAAAAUGACUCCUUCUCCUCAGAUAAAUCAGCAAGGGUCAUCAAGAGAACGUCAUCUUCUGAUGAAGAAUUCCCAGAGUUUACAGGAAAACAAAGCCACGGUUCUGUCCACUUAAAACCACAGUUGAGCAAGAACAGCGACCAAUCUUGUAAGGAGACAGAGGAAUCAGAAUCCAGUGUCAGUAAAACAGCAGUCUCACUAGAACCUAGUUUAGUUCAUGAACCUUCAGAUGAUGAAGAUUGUAUUGUUAAAAGGACCAGAAGGCGUUGUCCUCCUCCACAUGUGACGUCUGUGUUGAGUGAUAGCGAUGAGGAGGUCAGUCCCAGGUCUGAACCCUUAAAAGACAAAACAGAUGAAAAGGGAAAAUGGAUUGAUCCAAAAGUGAUAGAGCUAAAUGACAACUCCGAACCUGAGGAAGACAUUGAUUACAUUCCUCCUUCACCUCCUCCUGAUGAGACAUCUUAUAUGCCUUCUACAACUGAGACAAGAACUCUAUCAGGCAGUGUUCAGAGCAGAGACGAACCUUUCUGGUCAAACAGCCCCGCCACAACUCUGCCUAAACCUUCUAGUCACCUCUCCAGUGACAAAACAAAGGAACAACUCUUUAGUAUUAUGGAGUCCAUCUGUUCUCUGGUUGAUUCCAUCCCUGAACAUGAACUGAUCGCUUUGUCCUGUGGGAAUGAUCUUUUGCUGAAGAGGGCCCACAGGAAGAGGAUUCUUGCUUGUGGGGCUGAUUCUUUAUGUAGGAUGAUGCAGCAGCCAGACAGCACAGUGAUUUCUGACACCAGCUUCAAACGCACUUUUUCCAGCUGUGGUGCAUCUAGUCUGAUGUCACCCAGCACUUGCCUGCGUGUGAACACUAAAAAGCCCCUCCAGCCCCAAAGCUCUUCAGUCAUCUCUGUGGACUAUGACUCUGAUUGCUUUGACAUUGCCAGUGUAAAACCCUGGCAAAGGAUGGACAGCAGGGCAAUAUAUGUAGAAAAUGAGAGUAUUUGCGAUUCUCUGUCAGCCCACAGCUCCAAAAACCCACCAUUUAAUCUCUCAAAGAAAACCGGCUCUGGUGCUGAUGAGUCAGAUCUUUUUUUCUCAACCAAGAACUCAGAAGAUGUGCAAAACAAAUCUAAAACCUCAACCUCUGCAACUGCAGCAGACUUGGAAACAGAUGACUUCUAUGUUGACGAUUUCGAUAUAGAUGACUUGAAUGAUUCUGACAUCCCUGAUUACUUUGAUGAACCUUCAUCUAAGUCGGGUCAGAACCUAAGCGCUGUAUUUGCUGCAGUGAAAGAAGGGGGACCAAACAAGUCGUCAUGGGACAAGAACCCAGUGACUCCUGUUUCUGCUCCAAAACCUCAAAGGAUUUACUCACCAGAGCCCAACUUUAAAAACCCAGCUCACGAUCGCUUCCGAGGCUUUAACUUCCCCCAUUCACCAGAGAUGAUGAAGAUUUUUCAUAAGCGUUUUGGACUCCACCAGUUCAGAUUCAAUCAACUGGAAGCAAUCAAUGCUACUCUUCUGGGAGAAGAUGUGUUUGUUUUGAUGCCAACAGGUGGGGGUAAAAGUUUGUGCUACCAGUUACCUGCCUGUGUCUCACCUGGAGUCACUAUUGUCAUUUCUCCACUUAAAUCGCUUAUUGUUGAUCAGAUCCAGAAACUCACCACCCUAGACAUUCCAGCAACAAGUCUAUCUGGUGAUAAAAGUGACAGUGAAGCAGGGAGGAUUUAUGUGCAGCUCUCCAGGAAAGACCCAAUCAUUAAACUGCUGUAUGUCACACCUGAAAAGGUGAGUGCAAGCAACAGGUUGAUCUCAGCUCUGCAAAACCUAUACGAGCGAGGCCUUGUAGCCCGCUUUGUCAUCGACGAGGCACAUUGUGUCAGUCAGUGGGGUCAUGAUUUUCGUCCAGACUACAAGAAGUUGCAUGAACUUCGUCAAAAGUUCCCCAACAUACCAAUGAUGGCCCUGACAGCUACCGCUACCCCCCGUGUGCAAAAAGACAUUCUCAACCAGCUAAACAUGAGUCGACCACAAGUAUUUACCAUGAGCUUCAACAGAACAAACCUCAAGUACUCAGUGUUGCCAAAGAAACCCAAAAAGGUUGACGAGGACUGCAUCGGCUGGAUCAAAAAGCACUACCCACGUGACUCUGGCAUUGUGUACUGCCUGUCUCGUAAUGACUGCGAUGCUCUGGCAGAGAGUCUGAAGAGAGCGGGAAUUCAAGCUCUGUCUUAUCACGCCGGUUUGAGUGAUGGCGACAGAGAAUAUGUGCAGAGCAAGUGGAUCAAUCAGGACGGUUGCCAGGUCAUCUGUGCCACAAUAGCCUUUGGCAUGGGUAUAGACAAGCCUGAUGUGCGCUACGUGAUCCACGCCAGCCUGCCAAAAUCAAUGGAGGGUUACUAUCAGGAGUCAGGAAGAGCCGGCAGAGACGGAGAGAUCUCUCACUGCAUUCUGUUUUAUUCCUACACUGAUGUGCACCGCAUCAAAAGAAUCAUCAGCAUGGACAGAGAAGGUGACAGACACACCAAGCAAACUCAUUACAACAACCUACACAGCAUGGUGCACUUCUGUGAAAACGUGAUGGAGUGCAGAAGAAUUCAAUUGCUCGCCUACUUUGGAGAGCUGAAGUUCAACCGAAACUUCUGUAAAGACCAUCCUGACGUCAGCUGUGAUAACUGUGCCAAACCCAACCAAUGUAAACUGAGGAAGGUGACCGAUGAUGUGAAAAAGAUUGUGAGGUUUGUCCAGGAGAACUGUGAGAAAGUUGGAGCAAGGUUUGCCAAGACACCUCAGCAGAACCGACUGACACUUAACAUGCUUGUAGACAUAUUUAUAGGUGCUAAAUCUGCCAAGAUACAGACAGGAAUGUUUGGGAUGGGAGCAGGAUACUCUCGUCAUAAUGCAGACCGUCUUUUCAAGAAACUGGUUCUGGAUAACGUUCUGGUCGAGGAUCUCUACAUCACCAACAAUGGCCAAGCUGUGACUUACAUCUCUGCUGGACCAAAAGCAAUGAAUGUACUGUCUGGACACAUGGAGGUGGAGUUUUACGAGACGGAGAGCGCGUCGAGCAUCAGGAAGCACAAAGCUGCUGUCUCCAAGAACGUCUCCCAGAGAGAGGAGAUGGUUCAGAAUUGUCUGAAGGAGCUGAUAGAUCUGUGCAAGCAGCUGGGCAAAGCGUUUGGCCUUCACUAUUACAACAUCUUCUCCACCGCAACCUUGAAGAAGAUAUCUGAGAAACUUUCCUCUGAUCCCGAAGUCCUCCUACAAAUUGAUGGCGUGACGGAGGACAAACUGGAAAAGUAUGGAGCUGAAGUCAUUAAGGUGCUUCAAAAAUACUCUGAAUGGCAGCUACCUGUAGAUGAGCAGACCGAAAGUGUUGGAGACGGCUGGAUAGACACAAGACGCUCAGAAGAUGACUCUACAGAGUCCUCCACAUAUUUCCGCAACCAGACUGCACAGGGACAGAAGAGGAAGAAAGGUCCUUUCUUCAACUAUUCUAAGAAGAGAAAAGCUUACGGCAACCAGAGCUGCUCUUCUAAAGGUCGUGGAUACAACUACAAUAAACAGUCGUCUUCCGGCUCCAGGGGUGGCUCCCACAGUUCAGGUCGAGGGUCCAGGAGCACUGCAGGAGAUGCACCAGGAGGCAAGAGACCAGGAAUCCUGUCUGCCCCGACGCCUCAGGGCAACCAGCGGCCCUUUUUAAAGCCAACCUUUUCUCACAUGAGCUAAAUUCUGCUUGAAUCUCAACCCCCUCAAUGUCCAGCUAGUUUAGAGUUUUGUGACACACCUGUUUACCAUGGGAACUGUACAUUUGUAGUUCUGUGCUGCUAUUGGAAGUGUUUAUAUAUGUUGUAAAUUGAUGUUGUAUGUAAAGUUUAAUAGUUCAAUGACUUGAGCUCUCCACUAAUCUUUUAUUAUUUGUAAUAAAAACAGAUCAAUCUUA